AUGGUGACGUGCUUGGAAGACACCCCGGAGGCCACGUACGACCUCCGGGUGAAGGAGGACUUGGCUAAGUUCUUGCAGGACGCCAACAUCCGCCUCGUGCGCGCCGAGUGCUCCAUCCCACUUGUGGCAUGUGACGACCUUUGGAUGGCACCACUGGAAGUUCUGGGCUCCAAGGUACAGCUCAGGUGCAUGGACAUGGAGUUGACAUGCGACGUCAGAGGCGAGGAGGCCCCAGCCUUGGUAACCCACGCGGAGCUCAGCGAGUGGGCAGCGGGGCGCAAAGACGCCCUGAUUUGCUCCGUGUCGCAUGCCUGGGAGACUAGGGAACACCCAGAUCCAUGCAGAUUCCAACUGCGGCAGCUGGUGAAUUGUGUUUCUCUGUAUGAUGCUGCCUACCAUGAUGAUGUGUGGGUCUUCUAUGAUUACGUUUCCUUGUUUCAGUUCGAGCGCCAGCGCGAAGAAGAGGAGCGAAGCUUCCGGCUGGCGAUGCAGAACAUGCAGGUGCUCUAUGCACACGAGUACAGCUUCACUUUUCGCAUCGAAAGUCUCACGCCGGACGCCGUCUGGCAAGCAGCGCUUCAGGACUCGUCGUUCAAGGUGCCGGUGUUUCAUGAAGUCAGCGGAGCAGUCCAACAGCUCCCGCUCAAGGACUUGGUGGAAAACCGCGUUCCGUAUGCAGAUCGCGGUUGGUGCAGGGGUGAAGUGCAGUGGUCCUGCGCCAGGAACAGGACUGCACAGCACCAGAGGAUCGACCCAGGUGACCAUUUAGGAACAGAUGAACUGAAGGGCAGAGUCCCGAUGUCUCCCGCUGUCUUCGAACAGCUGAUGGCAGAUGCCCGGUUUACCCACAGGUCCGAUAAGGAAGCCGUCAGCCAGCUCCAAGCGAAGAUUUUCCACGACAAAGUUUCAGCAUGUGACGAGGCAGUGCUUGAGAACCUUCCUGCUGAGGAGGUCCGGCCUUUGGCCGAGUCGUUGAAGUUUUACAAGCGGCUGAGAGCCUUGAAACUCAUCAAAGUCUUCAUCGGCAAAGAGGAGGCGAAGGCCCUGGGCGAGGCUUUAGCUUCACUGAAGACCUUGGAAGACAUCCAUAUCGAGCUUGCAGAAGGCUCUGAUGGCAGUGCUGUGGCCGAGGCUCUGGCAGAGGCUUUGAAGCGGAACAGCAGCCUCACCACUAUUGACCUCAGCUUCAGUGCCAUCGGUGAUGCUGGUGCCAAGGCACUGACAGAGGCUUUGAAGCAGAACAGCAGCCUUACUACGAUCGACCUCAGUGAAAAUUUCAUCAUUGAUGGUGGUACCAAGGCUGCCGUGCUUUCGAGGCCCUCGCUUGCGUUCAUGUGGCCUGCCUGCUCUGCCCACCAGGCACUGGCAGAGGAUUUGAAGCAGAACAGCAGCCUUACUACGAUCGACCUCAGCGACAAUUUCAUCGUUGCACUGGCAGAGGCUUUGAAGCAGAACAGCAGCCUCACUACGAUUCAGCUCAGAGCGACUGGCAUCGGUGAUGAUGGUGCCAAG